GUGACCGUGUCACAGUGACCCGAGAUAUCAAGCUGAUACGACAACAUGGCCGUUAUCAUUGCGAGUGUACUAUUUCUGCUCAGUGCACACGAUGUGACGGCCAAGAGCGCGGCCGAUUAUGCAAUGGAGAGAGCCAAUCUACUUGCAGAAGAGUCCGAACUGCAAGUGGGAGGUAACAUACGUCUUACCGACGAAGAAAACAAAGCGAACGACAUCCUGAUGCGCUACAAACACGACGAAGUCGACGACUCCUUCAACAAUCCAAAUCACUUCAAUUUCUCGCGACACUACUUCACGUACAAAAAUGAUAUCAUCGAUUCCAAAGUUUACCAAAUCAUCAGGAGAAUGCCCAAAGGAGCCGCGCUUCAUGUCCACAGUUCGUUAAUACUGAGCGCUGAUCGAAUGCUCGAACUGACGUACCUGGACCAUUUGUACGCAUGUUUCGCGGACGGCGAUUUAAAAUUACACUUCUCCGAGCGCGUCCCCCAACAACCUUGUACAUUUAAAUGGCAACUGAUCAGCGAAUUGAGAAACAACACCGAAAACAUUCAAGCGUUCGAUGACAAUCUAAAAUCGCACUUCACAAUGUAUUCUGACAAAGAAAAAGACUAUGAGGGAGAUAUUAAUUACGUGUGGAAAAGGUUUGAAAAAGUGGUGAACGUUAUCAAAGGCUUGGUAGAAUACCGGCCCGCAGCAGAGAAAUUCUUGUACGAGGCUUUGAAAGAAUUUUACGAAGACAACGUUAUGUAUGUCGAACUGAGAAGUGGAUUGAAAGCUUUGUACGAACUGAAUGGCACUCGACACGACAAAGUGUAUAUGCCUCGACUGUAUCACAGAGUAGCUAAACAAUUCAAAGAAGAUUAUCCAGAUUUUGUGGGCAUCAAAUUAAUUGUAACAAAACAACGCAGUGCAGGGAUUGAUCAAAUCAGAAACACCAUAAAUUUAGCUCGGAUAGUUAAACAGGAGCUACCGGAAAUGGUUGCCGGUUUCGAUUUAGUUGGCCAGGAGGAUUUGGGAAAACCGUUAAUAGAUCUCCUCCCGGUUCUGUCGGAUGCUAUGGAAGAUUUGAAUUUUUAUUUCCACGGUGGAGAAACGAAUUGGUUUGGAACUGUAUCGGACGAGAAUUUGGUGGACGCGAUACUUUUGGGGUCCAAAAGGAUAGGACAUGGAUACGCGUUGAUUAAACACCCUUCGCUUAUGGCUGCAGUGAGGAACAGAGAUAUAGCGAUAGAAGUGAAUGUGGUAUCAAAUGUGGUGUUAUCAUUAGUUUGUGACGUACGUAAUCAUCCGCUGGCUACGUAUUUGGCUCUCGGAAUGCCGGUUGUUUUGUCGAGUGACGAUCCCGGUGCUUGGGGUGCGGAUCCAUUGUCUACUGACUAUUACAUCGCGUUCGUUGGUGUUGCCAGCAAAAAAGCAGAUUUACGUAUGUUAAAACAAUUAGUUAUUAACUCUAUUAGAUAUAGUUCGUUAGAUAAUAAAAAUAAAUUAGACAUGUACAGACUUUUACAUAGGAAAUGGAAUGUUUUUAUUGAGGAUGUUAUUAGAAUAUUUGGGUGAUGGAAUAUUGUACAUAGGUUUGAAGAAACAACGCUUAACUUAAUUUUGUGAGUAAUUUAUGAUCGUAUUAUAAUGAUUCAAUUGUUUUGAUAAUAACUUAUGUAUCUGUUUAAAAUAUAGACAACUGUCUCGUUAAAAAAAAUCAUUUGAAAUUGGGUAUGACAAACAAAGUUAUUAAGUUUCGUAAUGUUUUUGGUGCACCUAGACCUGCUGAUUUCUAUAGAAGGUCGUUAGAAGGCCAAUCAAGUCUUAUUGUUAUUUAUGUUAGUGACCUUGUAGGUUUUCGUUUGUAUUUUGAAACACUAUUUUUGGAUCUAACUACUAACUGCAUAUGUACCUUUACCUCUUCAUCGCUAAAAUAGUUCCCACCGCUAUGUGUUACUAUUGCUAUCAUUAUGGGGUCAGGUGUCCCUCCUUACGGAAGAAAGGAUAUGGAACUUAGACCCACUACGCAGCUCCUAAGAGUAUUAGCGGGCUUAUACUUUAUCAUCAUUAUCAACGUAUAUUCGGCUCAGAAUGAGAGGAGACUCGAGCUCAGCAUUGAGCCAAAUUUGGGUUGAUAAUGAUGAUUACAAAACAAAGUCCUGCACUGCCUCAUCUUUUUCUAGACACGGUAGACUCAACAUCUAGGCACAAACAUAUUAUCAUCAUAUCUAUGGGUUUUACCAACAGCAGAGAUUCAUAAAUAAGGUUAAAUGUAAGUGAUUGUCUCGUUGGUCCAGGCAUCCCGGAGGUACAAGAAUCGACUAAGAAACCAAAAAAAAACGCAAAAAACCAAACCAGCUCCUAGGAGUAUUAGCGGGCUUAUACUUUAUCUUCAUUAUCAACGCAUAUUCGGCUCACUGCUGAGCUCGAAUCUCCUCUCAGAAUAAGAGGAGUUAGGCCAAUAGUCCUAAUAUAGCAAUAGUCGUAUUGGCAGACUUCACACACGCAGAGAAUUAAGAAAAUUCUCAGGUAUGUAGGUUUCCUAACGAUGAUUUUCCUUCACCAUUUGAGACAGAUGAUAUUUAAUUUCUUAAAAUGCACACAACUGAAAAGUUGGAGGUGCAUGCCUCGAACCGGAUUCAAACCCACACCCCCCGAAAUCGGAGGCAGAGGUCAUAUCCACUGGGCUAUCACGGCUUACUAUACUCUUUAACGAUCCCUAUUAAUAUUAUGACCGACCGUUUAACGUGCUCUUCAAGGCACAGGUCAGGAAUGUAACAUCACCAAUUUCCCAAAUGAGUAUUUUUACUGACUUAGAAAAAAAAUAUAUAAUAAAAAAGCUCAGUAUUUCAUAGACCGACCCACGAGUCGAUCUUAGGACCUCGUAAUCCAAAGCCACAUAGGCUAGCCACUGGACCGACCAGUGCCGGAUUAAGGUAACUGUAUGCCCUCAGCAAUCUUCCUCGGUGUGUCCCUAUCAUACCCAUCUUUGACGGCCUCCGUGGCGCAGUGGAAUGCACGGUGGAUUUACUUGACGGAGGUCCUGGGUUUGAUCCAUGGCUAAGCCGAUUGAGGUUUUCUUAAUUGGUCCAGGUCUGGCUGGUGGAAGACUUCAGCAAUGGCUAGUUACCAGCCUACCGGCAAAAGCGCACCGCCAAGCGAUUUAGAGUUCCGGUACGAUGUCGUGUAGAAACCGAAAGGGGUGUGGGUCUUCAUCCUCCUCCUAACAAGUUAGCCCGUUUCUAUCUUAAAUUGCAUCAUCACUUACCAUCAGGUGAGAUUGUAGUCAAGGGUUAACUUGUAAUGAAGAAAAAAAAUAGUGUUAUAAUGAAAAAAGAUGUUAUAAUUUAAAACAUGCGGAUUUCGAAAUUACUUUAACAUUCGUGUUCGUUUUCAGUGGCAUGCACACCAUAGAUGCAAAAAUGCCCUGCCUACUCUGAAAACUCAUUACAAACAUGUAUUGGAAUUUUCCACUUUGUACCUAUAGUGCAUACCCUAUUUAAGAACCCUGUGCACGCCACUGCUAAUUUUUUGGUUUCUUGGUCGGUUCUGAUGCCCCCGGGAUGUCCAGAACAAUUGCCUGAAUAGCUUAUAGGCCAAUCCAGGGCUGGGACUCACGAGGCAAUCACUUACAUAUUUUGACCUUAUUCAUCUCUCUCUGAUGAAUCUCUGCGCUAUUGGUAAAACCCAUAGAUAUUAUGAUACUACGUUUGUGCCUAGAUGUUGAGAAAAAGAUGACGCGGUACAGGACUUUGUUUUAUAAUGUUGUGAUAUACUUAUAGACUAUAGUGAUAAGCUUAAUUAUUAGAAUAAUAGCAAUAAAUAAAUGAUGCAAAUACAA